AUGACAACUCAAUCCCCGCUUAGUGAGUUUGAGGAGCUUGGGGUAGGAUCCAGCACUUGGCUGCCUGGGACACCGCAAGUGUCCAGUUCUGAGGUAGGGCUGCCCCCGGACAGAGGCCAGGCCCUGACAGUUUUGGCAGAAGUACGCUCACGCAUUGGAUCCAAUGUCCCAUUCUUGGCCAUGUCUGGUUCCGUGAAUCAGAAGGCUUGGUUGGAAAUUCAGUUCACGCUGGGUUUCCAUGGGAUGAGCUUCAAUGAUGUCAGACUUCCAGUAGAUCGGGCUGACCUUAAAUAUUGUGCCCGUAUACGUUACCAUUCUGUCGAGGGACUCGAAUUUCCUGAUUUCGCAUGGGCUAUCCCACAAAAACUCGAGUCACCAUCCGAUCUCAUGCCAACAAUAUUCGCCAUUAACUCGGUGGAGAAAACAACAACAUUCAGCGAAUGGCUAAUACGUGAACUACACAAAGUCGCACCAGAGGAGAUUGACAUACCUGAUCUCAUCUGGCCAUUCCAUGCUGAACUUCACAAGGAGGAUCGCAGCAAGAUACAGUUGUGGCUGAUGGCUGGAACAAUCCAUUAUAUUGUUGCAACCAUUUGCGCCAAUGUGGGACUCAAUCUACCUGUUCAGCAUGUGGUGUGUGUAGACUUGCCAAAGUCUUUCGAGGAGAUGACACAGUGGGCAGGUCGGGUGAGUUGGGAUGGUAGUGGUGGGAUGUUUGUUGUUUAUGGGCCUGACGAUCUAAAGAUUACAGCAGAGAUGUGUGAUGGAUCGACCAAGGAUGGGACCUAUGUUGACGGAUCAGUAAAAUGGAAGCCUCUAACACAAACACAAGUUGCUGCACAUCGGGAGUACCAGGCCAAGGUUGCACCAGGCCUCGUCGCAUUCUUUAAUCCACCUCCUGAUGGCUGCCAAAGAUCUGUCUUCUGUGCAUAUUUUGGUGAUGCAUUCAGCAAGCCAGCUAUCUGCUGUGGAACGUGUCAGCCUGAUACUCUCUAUUGUGAUGAGAGUCUGGUGAAAAGUUACAUCACCGAAAGCGCAUGCAGGAAAACCAACUCAAAAGUGACAAUGCUGCCUCUACCAAAAGACCGUUGUAAGGGGGCAAGGGAUCUACCACCCUAA